AUGGAAGGUUUAUAACUGAAAUUUCGAAACUCAAAAAAAAAACAAUCUGCUUUAUAGAUAACGGAACAAUCGAAAUUCCAAAAGGAAAACUUGUUGGGUGCAAUUGGCUGGUGGUGAAAAAAUUGGGCGAAGGUGGAUGUGGAAGUGUAUACUUGGUAAAAUCAUUAGAAGAUGACUCGGAGGCCGCAAUGAAAUGUGAAUCAAAUUUCGCAUCUGGUGGAUGUGUUUUGAAGUUGGAAGUGGCGAUUCUCAAAAAACUUGCGAAUAAAAAACACGUGGCACAAUUAUUGGGAGCAGCGCGAGUUACACAAUAUAGCUAUGUUGUGAUGACAUUGUUGGGUGAAUCGAUGAAUAAAAUUGUGAAGAGAUUGAAUCGUGCGGUGACUGUUUCAACGCAAUGUAGAAUUGCUGCAAAUAUGUUGUUUUGUAUGAAACAAAUUCAUGAUGUGGGUUUAUUUUUUGAAUUCCAGAAGCGAAUAAAUCUUAUUUCCAGAUCGGCUUCAUCCAUCGUGAUUUGAAGCCGGCAAAUAUGGCGUUGGGUAAAAAAGGAACAUCAGAAUGUCGUUUCUUUCAUAUCCUCGAUUUCGGUUUAGCUCGCCAAUACGCUGUUCCAAGUAACAAUGAUCCGAAUCGAAUGAAAAUGCGAAGACCAAGAGAUCGUGCACUUUUCCGAGGAACAACAAGAUAUUGUUCGAUUCGAAUGCAUGAUCGAGCUGAGCAAGGAAGAGUUGACGAUUUAUGGAGUAUGAUUUAUUUGUUGGCUGAAUUGCGAGGACCUUUGCCGUGGGCAACACAAAGUGAUAAGAGAAUUGUUGGAGAGAUGAAGAGAUUGCACACGGAUGAGGUGAUUUUGCAAAAUAGUCCCACAGAGUUUCUCGAAAUUGCUGCGCAUCUUCGAACUUUGACAUAUUUCCAUCGUCCGGAUUACUUCAAAAUCUAUAUGUUGAUAAUGGCUGUGAUGGAAAAGGGAAGAUUCGAAUGGGAUGAUCCGUUUGAUUGGGAAUUUGGGACAACAACUAAAUCAUUGACACCAAACAAAACGAGGACUCCUCGAAAACUAACUGGUCCAUCGCCGAAUCGAUCAACUAUGAGUAAAGAAAUGACAAAUCAAAGUAAGGAGACAACGAAUAAAAGUAAAGAGAAUGCGAGUACACCGGCAAAAGGAGAAUCAUUUAGCAAGGAAAAAAUGAGCACUGAAAUUGUUGGAUCAAAUCCAUCGAAAGAAAAAGAAGAAUAUACGCCUGUUGAUAAAGAAAGAAAGGCUGAAAUGAUGAUUGUACUUCCAUUUGAUCCUGAUUUCUUUCAACAAGAUCCCAUCGGUUUUUAA